UGGUUCUCAAGCGUUUGUCGCCCAAGUCGCGUCCAGCCGCACAAACAUGCCAGAAGUCCCGCCCGCUGCGCCAGAAGUGUCCAGGAAAAGACGGGCCGAUUCCGGACCGCCACCAGAACACGGCCCGGAGCGGAAAAAGGCCUGCUGGGGGAUUCUGACGAGCCAAGUUUGACGGACGGUACAAAACAGCAGGCGCUUCAUUCACUAUGUCUUAUACCUACCAGUGGCUGGAUGUGCCAUGGGGAGAUGGAGAUAUGGGGUCCUGGGCGGACCGCUCCCCACUUCAUGAAGCAGCCUCGCAAGGUCGGCUUCUCGCCCUGCGCACUCUGCUGACUCAGGGCUAUCACGCCAAUGAGGUCACCAUCGAUCGAGUCACUCCUCUCCACGAAGCGUGCCUCUCCGGACAUCAGGCCUGCGUCCGGGCUCUUAUCAACGCCGGUGCCAAUGUGAACGCCACCACCAUCGACGGAGUCUCCCCUCUCUACAACUGCUGUGCCUCCGGAAGCAUCCCCUGUUUGGAGCUGCUGCUGGCGCAUGGAGCACACACACAUCUGCGACACGCACACUACCCCUCAGCCCUGCAUGAAGCCUGCAAAAGAGGGAAAAGCGGCUGUGUAGCGGUGCUGCUGUCACAUGGCGCCGACCCUGACCUGCCCCUGCCCCACCUCGGCUCUCCUCUGUAUGUCGCCUGCCUGCAUCAGCACACGUCCUGCUCCAGACUUCUGCUGCAUCGAGGGGCCGCUGUCAAUGCAGGCAGAGGAGCCGACAGCCCGCUGCACGCAGCCGUGAGACAGGACUGCACCGAGCUGGUGUCGGUGCUUCUAGACUUCGGAGCUGACGUGAACCAGAGAGACGGCGACAACAAGAGGCCUGUGGAGUUGGCGCCCCCUGGAGGGGAAACAGAAGAGUUGUUGCUUGAAUUUCAAGGUUCCCCUCGGAGUCUCAGCCAGCUCUGUAGACUACAGAUCCGGACCCUUAUUGGAGCGUCCAGACUGGAGCUACUUACCCACCUCCCGCUCCCGUCACUGCUCACCCGAUAUCUGGAUCACACGUAGACUCUAGUCCACAGCAGCAUGAACCAUUCUGACAAUGCUUCCACCCAUCACGACCAUUUCCUGUGCACUGCCAAUAUGGUUUCUUUAACAUGAGCGUCCAACUCUUUAUUUCGUGAUUGUGAAUCAUUGCAUUAAAACUGUGAAUACGGUAAUAUAUUAAUAAAUUAUAUGCAACCGGUGACUGGCAUGAGUUUGUAUAUUAACUUCAGUCGCUGAGAGCAGCCAGGAAGUGUCUGACAUGGGUGUUCUUUUUAGUCAACUACUUUAAUGGGAGAAAUGAAGUGAAUUAUGAGUUUCAAAGAGGAAAAAAAAGACAGUGCAUUCUUCUUCCAACUCCAAUAGUUUGAUGGGAUUUUGUUGUCGACAUAUGAAAUUAUAUCUAGAGACGGUUAUCAGUGUCAGGGUUUUUUAAGAAGCCAUCCGAGCUAAUCCAUAAGUCCAAAUAUAUUCACGUUGCAUGACGUACCGUAAUGUUUUGAUUUCACAAUGGUGAUAACCAAGUGUUUUUGUUUAUUUCAAUAUUCUUCCUAUGUUUCACACUAUGCUUUUA